AAAACGUUCAUUUCAAUCAUGACACUGAACUAUAUUUAAUGCAUACCUUCAUUUUUGUAUUUAUGGAGUAGUUACAUUUCUAUAUAUCACGAAAGAUCGACGAUCAACUGAUUUGUGAAAAUAUUUAAAUAUUGAAUUUUUAUUUACUUUUAAAACGUAAUUGAAUAGAAUAAGUGUUUGCAGUUUUAUUCAAAAUGUAUUGACCAACGGAUAUAAGUGUUACACAGUAAUAAAAACUACAUUUUAUAUACUUGGAAUACGAGAUCUCAAAAUGUACUUAACGUUGUACGCUGUACAACUCUUUGUUUUUAAAGAAGACAUUAUAUUUUAAACCAAACAUGAACAAUAUGGCAAUGCAUAGAUUUAACUCUUUUCCACUGGUUCUGAUAAAAAGAUGUGAAUAAAAAAUGGAAAGAAGUCGAGAAAGUAUAUUAGACGGAUUUCAGUUCCAAAACAGUGAAACUUACUGGGAAAUACGGAGACUUCUUGAACGAAGACCCCCAAGUAGAUUUUCUGACGGAUUAUCACGGGAAGCUCGUAUGGUCAUUGAUCAGUUAAAGGAAGAGUCUAAAUCAUGCAAUACACCACAAACAUCUGAUGACCAUAGUCACAUUUACACAGACAGACGAUAUUCUAACUUGAAGCCAGCUAAGACUAAGGUAAAAUCCGAGGAACCUCGAAAGAAAAAAAGUGUGACGUAUACCGAUUCAUUGGAGAAAUCCGCAUUACGUCUAGACCGUGACAUAACAGACCCUAAUUUCAAUGAAAUGAAACAACGUAAACGCUCCCUAGGUGGCGGACCUGUGCAAUCAGCUAUGGAAACUAUUGAAAUCGUAAAUGCUUCGGAACCUACGGAAAUUACCGAAGAUGAUUUUGCUAUCGAGGAGACGGCGAAGCAUAAUUCCGUGGAGAAAUGUAUAGUGUGGAUGGAAGUGAACGAUAAUCAAGACGAUUCAGAAUCGAAUGUUGGUGCUGUUGCUGAAUGAUUAUGGCUUUCUUUUACAUCAUGUUUAAAAACACCAUUGAAAGUUGUUUAUGAGAUUUCAUUACAAGUUGAGAAUCUGAAGUUUUCGCCACCUGUUUCCAUGGUGAAAUUAAAUGAGUUUCGAUUAGUAAUAAUUUAAAAUAUUAUAUGAGAUUCGAUGAAAUUAUUUUACGGAUAUCUAUCCAUCAAAGACACAUCUGAAACCACAUUAAUCCAACUAUUAGAACGAAUAGCAAAUUGUGGUAUGAUCCACAUCUAUAGAUCUCAAGCAUACUAACUUUCUGCCAUUGGUAUCUUUCAACGCGAUGUAUUUUAUUCAUUUGUAUAUGUAAUUUAUUUUUGUAGUUUGAUAAAAACAUAUACAAUUAAAAACCUUCCAACUGAACGUGAUUCAAUAUAUUAAUAGUAUCCUGUAAAAUGUAAAUAUUGAAUAUAAUAGAUUUUAUUCGAUCCUGCAGUUUUAGACAUACUUACAUUAAUCAAUUAUUUAAAGAUUCAAUUUACAAUGUUUUUUAUGUAAUUGUACAUAUUUUAAUUAGAAAAUAAGUAUUUUUUUAAUUUGCUUCUUUUGAUAUUAAGCACGAAAUUUCACUGUGCAUAUAGGUUUAAAUGAUAUUUUUUUAUUUCAUGAGAAACACUUUUGUAUUCCAGGACUGGGAAUGAGCCUGAUACAUGUACAUGACUUUUGAUUAAUCUUUCACUACACUCAAACUCAUCAUCUACCGACAAAUUGAAAUAGCGUGAGGCAACACUUAUGGAUUUAUUUUUUUAACAGCAUAAUUUAUUAUAAUAUAAUAUAUAUAUAUUAAUGUUAUUUGUAAAAGAAGUGAGGUUUAAUAAAUAUGUUCUUGAAGAAAGUACUGCUGAAAUAAUGUAGUACAGUAGUUUUUGUAAGAUUAUAUAGCUCUAUUCGCUGGAUAUGACUUGACUUGCAGCGAAAAAACAACAAGUGGUACGUAAUAGAUAGCUCAAGCAAAUGGCUCUUGUGUUUGGAGAGAUCGAUUACGGGGAGGGACUGAAUUAUUCGCAAGAUUUCCGCGACAAAAAUUAUUUUAAUUCUGUUUUACAAAUGCAUGAUUGAUGAAAUGCCGAUUUAUAACCUAUUACUGAUCAUGAUUUAAAGGUACCGUUGUCUUCUUUGAACAAAAACAAAAGGUUUGAAUUUGAAUCAUCAUAUCAUCAUCGAUUAAAAUACAUGUACAUUGUAUACGGCGUUGGCAAUGGGGCCAUCGGAGUCUACAUUGCCCAUAACAUAAUUCAAAUAUUUGAUUAGUUUUUUUUCUUCUGGCAAAUGUUUUGUUAUAAACGUUGUCAACCAUAAAAAUGUUGAUUGUC